AUGCAGGCUUCCAGAGCUGAACCAAAGAAUGAACAUCCUUAUGAUCACCUACAAUUAUUCACUAUCCAGUCUUCACCGUCCGAAGACCCAGCAGGAAACCAAAUUUACCAUGAAAACGAUGAAAGAAGACGACAACAAUCUACCGAAAAUAUUGCUAUAAGUCGUCAUAUGUUAUCCGCUGUGAUAGCUUUUCUGGCCUUAUCCUUCUUGACAGUGGUUGCUACAUUGAUUUUAACUAUAAGGAUGAUGCCUACAGGAGCAAGUGAAACUAAAGGUAAUUUUUAGAUACUAAUUUGAAGUGAUUUUCUGUAACUCUGGCAGGCUCAAAGUUCGAAAAUUAGAUUCGAGUUUUACCCCUAUACCACGAUACUUCGAUUCCGACAAUUCUUGGUACGUAGUCUUGAAAUGGCGUCCUAAAACUGAAUUGAUAUUGAUUUAUUCGCUUUGAAUUCUCUUAUCUUUACUUUGAAAGAUAUCGAGAGGAGUCUUCGAGGAACCGCAGUUAACUGUACUCCCUCUUAAGGCAUUAAUUGAGGCUUUUUCGCUGAAAAUAAUCUAAUCAUUACUGAUACAGCUGUAAAAGACUAUCGUGCACUUCUGAUCUACUAACAUUAGCAUGAAAACAGUUAAGUCUAUGAUAAGAACGACUUAAACGCCAAACAGCAUAUUUUAGGUACUUAGAAUGUAUCGCCCAAUGUAAGGUAAUCCGCAUUCUGGAACCCGGGAAAUUUUUGCUUUGGAAUCCGAAAUAGGAAUUCAUAGCGGAUGAGGAAGCGUUAUUAGUAAUUGAGAGCUUGCUCGCAGGCUAUGUACGUAAUUGGCAAUAUAAUUAACAAAAUGAUAUGGACAGCCAUCAAUGACACAGCCCCUUUUUUACGCGCUUCUCUCUUGCCGGUUUAAACUUCCCGCGUGCCUCUAUAACUCGUUUGACGCUCAGGAUAAGCGUGAACCAGUUCUUCCUUAAUUACAGCGGGGUGUUUCCCCAGUAGCAAAUCCAAAAAGUGCUUCUUCUUCUACCAUACAUGUCUCUGGUCAAAUUGGUAUUAGAUGCUUUAAUGUAAACUCAUUAUUUAUCUGUUACGCAGGUAUGGCUGAGGUAAAACAACAGCUGACCGAGUUAAGACAUGAAAUAAAAGCUUCGAAAGUAAAUCAAACUGGAGGAGAAGGUAGAGUGUUUGAUAAAGGGAGGGUGAAGCCAACUUGCAGAAAGUAAAGAGUAGAAGUUGUAACCAAACUGAUCACUCCUUUUCCGAAAGCAUAUUUAUCUUGAAGAGAAAAUUAAUUUUAUGUAGUAAUAGUCAUUGAUAUAGAUUGCAAGUUCUAUGAAGUUCUGUGAAGGAAUGAGUGUCUUAAUUGCUUGAUAGGAGAACCCGAGGUGGUCCUGUUACGUUUCAUUAGAAAGGGGUUGUAUCAUGAGAAUUCUACCAAUUCUAGCGUAAGAUUACCCUACAAUCAUGGAAAAAAAUCUUGGGACAAGUUUGUUCUUGUAACACUUUUUUUACACACACAAACGCACCCCCCACACACACACACACCAAACAACCAGUCGCUCGCGAAUAAACCUAGACUUGCUCAGCCCGUCCCCCCUACCUACAAUGUGGGCCAUUCUACACCAACGCAUGUCGGAAAGGGUGUAGCAUUGCUUGUUCAAACUUCAGUUGUAAAAUAUAAACACUAGAAAUACGUGUCUCCCAAACCCUCGCGAAACUCAGUGUGCCGCUUAAGUUAAACUUGCUUGACGGGGUUGGAGACAUUUAUUGAGCCUACUCUUGUUUCUGCAUCGCGGUGCGAAGCUCGCACGUUCCACGCGCGAGUUAAGAACCUCGGCUACGCGAGGGCCUUCCAUUCUCUCUCCGCGAAGAGUAAUUCAUGGCUUAACCUUGUCGUCCUAAGGAUUUUUGGAUACAAUUGUAGAAUUAAACUACUUACACUCGUUGAUGCAAAAAUGGCCCCUCCUGCCUCUAAACAUAAGCGUGCGCGAAGCUCAAGAAAUUGAAUUUGACUUAAUUCUGACUGUCCUGAAUGGUGGAUUAGUUGUGGUGUUAUUGGUCGUCUGUCGGUUAUUGGCUUUGAGGACUCUAAUUUCGAUCCCUCUUUUGUCACAGUUACAACGGUCGUUUUAUUGUUAGUCAAAUUGUCAGUUGUCCAUUCACUCUACUGAAGCCAGUCUUGCUUGAGUCCGUUGAUAAGUCGUUUUGAAGGUGCCGGUAACUUCUGACUACGAUUCAGCCGCGUUUGUUCCCAGUUGGUAAAUCAGCUUUCUAAAGUGAAUCGUUGAUAGCAGUCUGAGAAAUACGUAAGGCAGGUCGUAGAGUCAGUGUCGAUUUGGUUGUUCGUCCGUAACUAGUGUUCAACAAUAUCAUCAUAGCCAUAAACAUCACGGCUUAACUGACAGAUGAACAACAACAUCACGACUUAAUUGAGCAGCCAGAUCGAUAAACUACGUCUAUAACUAGAAAUACGUGUAUCGCAGAACUUCGAGAGGCUCAGGCUCAUAAAAUGACAGGGAUGGGAGGGCGGGAGAGAAUUGGUGAAAUGUGUAGCUGAGGAGGGCGGGAUCCAACACUGGCUCUAAUAUGACUAAUAUUGGAAGGUGAGAUGUACUUAAUUUCCUUUUGGUUGGAGUAAAUUUGGACCCCGUUCUUUGGCUAAAAGGAUCUUCUGGGAUUUAAAUGGGAUUGCUGUUGUCGAGGAAAGGUAGCCAAUGUUGCAUUAGUCCCGUCUUCACCCCAUUUGACCCUUCUACAUUUGUAAUUAUAGUCAAAAGGAAAUGGGUGUGAUAGUGAAUAACUGCAAGCUAAUAUGCAGUUGCGUUUGCUCAAUAUUUGGGUUAGAUGCCAUCUCUAAUAAUAAGUGUAAUUAUAAUUCACUAUUUGUGAAGUGUGACAGUAGUAGUGAGUGAAUGCCAAAUGGUAGGAGAUUAUGCUGCGGUGAAAACAACAAGUAAAUACUAGAAAUUGGAGGAAAAAAAUAUAUUAUAUUGUUAAGUGAACUACAGCAAUGAGAGUGUUUGCACUUGUUUUAGUUCAUAAUCACACUUGACAACUAAUUGUUUGUAAGUAACAGUAAAGUGCAAACAUAAUCACUGAAAUAGAAAUUACAUGUAGCAAUGUCUUAAGGGUGCAGUUCAUGAAAAUUAUGAAAGUGAUCAUGACUAUUGAACGCAAAAGUGAAUUAUGAAAUGUCCACGUACAAGUCAUGUUGAAGGUGAUCAAUAAAAUAAAAAUAAAUAAAAAGUUUCUCAAUUCUCAACAUGCAUGAGCUUGUUGAGACAUGGUUGCCAGAGGAAUAGUUUUGGGAAUUCCCAGACUGAUCAUGACAGUCAAAUGUACACUUUCCUGACCAAACGAAUUGACAAUUUGUGCAGACAAUGGCUUCUAAACUCCAGUCAAAACCUCGUGUAGUGGACACAAAUGACGUAAGACAAAAGACUUGUUUGUUGUCUGUUCAGGGAAAAAUCUGCUUGGUAUUGUUUCAUGGUUUUUGUUCUUUUGUUUUACGUCAUCUGUGUCGGGUACACGAAAUAAAUGACCAAACUCCCAUCACAACCGGCCAUCCUCUCCACCCAUUUUACAUGAAUUCAUCGUAAAUGUAAAGUGCAGAAUGGAUAGAUCUUGUAGGAAACCGUAUAUCUGCUUGUCGUUUAAUUUCUUGAAACAAUAUUCUGCCAAUGGAACAUGUCUAACUUCUGUGAGUAUGUCACCUCCCUGUGACUUCUAUGAAAGAGUUAAAUUUUCCCUUACUUAUAUUGUCAUACAUGUCACAAACUAAUAUUCUGAGGAGAUCCGAAAUACACAUGUUACUUUGAUUUCUCAAUCUCACAAGCUCAUUUACAUUUUGCACCCCCUUAUGACUACCACUCACUACUCACCCACCCCUCCCCAUCGAACGCACUCCCCAAAUUGGCAAUUAUUACUAGUAUAAACCUAUUGCUUUUUUUGCUCUUCUCGUUGCCGUCGCUGUCACCGUCGUCGUUGCUCAAGCUCCCUAUUGUUGUGAUCUGGUAAUUUUGCUACCAUAGUAACCUGACGUCACACGUCUCCAUUCUAUUUUAAAUAAUUUUAAGGUGAUUCCCUGGUUUUGCACUGCGCAUCUCUUACUGGGCAUAACAAGAUGGCCGCCGUAAAAAAAAACAUGUGAAGUAACAUUAUUAAAAUGAAGUUGACUGAAGAGAAACAUUAUUGCAAUUUUUGCUAGCGGUUGUUUCCUUCCGAAGUGAGACUCAAUGUGUUGGGAAUGUGCAUAACGUAAGCAGUACGCGUUUUGCUGAGUUCGACAUCCUCACGGAGAACCUCGAUAGUGGAUGUUUAAAUUGUGCUUACUCAUUUUGAUUUUCAUUUAAACGCUUUCUUUAUCACAUUGUGUCCUAAAUGUGAUAUCUCGAUGUAAAUUAUGUAAAAAAGGAUUUUUUAAUACUUUCGUCCCCCUUUCACAUACAUUCUAUUUUGGAACUCGCCCCAGUCCUGUCUCAAAAAUCGGAGAAAAUGUAUUUGGUGUGCACUUUCUGCAGCUCUACCGCAAAAACGAGUACGGUGACCCCCAUCUUUUAUUUUAAUAAGGACAGUGCUUCCUUUCGAUGAGAAAAAAAUUGGCACAAAUCUAUGUUCACUUUAAUGGCAAUUUUACUAAAUUGUAUGGAUUGAGCUAUCACGGGUCAAAUAGCGCGUGUCCAAUUUAAUUCUACUUUAGAGCGUAAAGUAAAAACAAGGGCACUAAAAGGCAUUUUUCUGGUACGUAAGUGGAUAAACAAUGCAUUCAAGUCAAAUUCUGUGCGAUACCACAUGCAUCAUUGAAAAAACUCUCCUUUUUGUUUAGUUUUGGGCUGCUCGCGGUUUUUGUCAAAGGGUCCAAAAUAGCCGUAUUUGUCAGCAUUGUGACGUCAAAACGAGUACGGUGACCCCCACUUUUUAUUACUUUUUUAUCAUCUUCUUGACUUGUUACAUCAGUGUACCAAGUUUCAUCUACAAUCUAUGUUAGGUUCUUUUACUAGGGAAUCACCUUAAGGUCAUCUUUCCUAAACAGCUAAUAGGAACUGUGCUGAGCUAUACAAAGCUGGCCAAACAAUCAGCGGUGUGUACACAAUCGACCCUGAUGGUAAAGGUGCCUUUAAUGUGUUCUGUGAUCAAGAAACAACCGGAGGGGGGUGGACAGUGUUCCAGAAGAGACUGGACGGCUCGGUUUCCUUUCGACCGUUACUGGGAUGA